AUUGGGUGUUCAAACGAGUGGACUCGGUUGAUCCCUUACUCGCUCAAUUUCGGUCUGCUUGCUCACUUGUUUCUUAUCGCAGCAUUCUGAUCCAACUCAGAGAGCUGCUCGGACUCCAUAUUGCCAUAUUGGCAUCAACUUGUCCAAAUCAAAGAACUCCAGGACAUCCCAUUUCUCGCAUCAAGGUAUCUCUAACUCCAUCGAAUUUGCUCUCUGUUUGUACUUCAUAGCCAUGUACAACACCUAUGUAAGCUCAACUGUCUCAGUAAAAUGUAAAGGGUGUGCUGCUUUUUCAUCCUAUGGUAAUCCAUACUGUACAAAAGACAGGCUUAACAACUACCCCUUGUAUAAUUCAUCGUCACCAUGCUGCUUCUGUUGCGCAAAUUCGAUGUGUAGAGUCCCACUAGGCCCUUGCUAUGUCUAUGGUCUGAGGCAGUCCACUCUGAUUCAGUGGCCACCUUGUAAAAAAGUGUUCUUGAGCAGCUUAGAUAGCACGUCUAAUACGAAUUCCCCCAGUCUCGGCUUUGAAAGAAAAUGCUCUUAUAAGAAAUCUUGCUCUUUUAAUGAGGUGAAUGUGCGUGGACGAAGAGGGAGAUUAAGGUCUCUGGGAUUUCCGGAUAAUAGUGAAAGAGAGAUUUUUUCUGAUGUUGGUGUGGCUGAGGUUUUGCUCAGUUUGCUUACGGAGAGUGUGGAUGAGGAUUUCGAUGAUUUGAGGGCAAGAAAAAAAAGUUCUUGGAAGAAUAGAGUGUUAGAGAUUGAAGAGAGUGACAAUGUUGAAAAAAAUUACAUCCAUAAGAAGAAAGGGAGUUGGGAAUCAGGUGUAGUUAGAAAGUCAAAGUGGGAAGCUGAGUCGGAGGAGGAGGAUAAUAAGACAAGAAAAGAACAUAGGAGAGAAAAGGGGGAAGGAUCUCUUUUGAGAACUGAUCGGGAGGCCGUGGGGGGUAAACUGGUCAGACCAAGAGCGAGGGAAGAAGAUAAAGAUGUUUUGUUGAGCAGUGAAAGGCAAAAGGUAACAAGUGUUUUCAAAGAAGAAAAAGAGCAUUUGUCUAAGAGUGAAGAUUUUUCAAAAGAGAAUCAUGAGAAAGUGAAAAAAGAGGGGUCUAGCUGUUCUUCAUACUACUCAGCUUCUUCAACAGGUGAGCUAGAAAGUGAUCAUGAGGUGCGGAUUGAGCAAGAGCAAAAUAAAAGGCAUUCGAGGAAUGAAAUAGUGGAGAAUGUUAGGAGGUUUGAGGAUCAGUCCAAGGAACAAGGAGCGAUUUUGAGAAAGGAUGACGCAUUUGGAAAACCCUUCGUAGCACCAUUAGCUGACAUAGAGCCCAUCAAUUGGAGAAAGAAAUCCGAGAAGAGGCUGGGUGAGACAUCAAUUGAAGAGAAAGAGUUGAGGAAAGAAUCUUCACAUAAGCAAUUAAAUAUUUUGGGUGUCGAUGAGAUUGACUAUGGAAAAAAACUUAUUAGUUCCUAUAAGACAUAUGAUUAUAAGAAACGUCAACCCACCUCUGCUGAACAAGCAAUUGAACAGUCUGAGAUUCAAAUAAAGCAUAAGAAAGUAUUAGAUCCGGCAGUAAAUGCCACAAGUCCUUCAGAACCCUUGAAUCAAAUGAUGAAAUCCAGAGAUGGAUCUGGGAAGUAUUCAUUAAAGAUUUGUGAACCUCAAUUUCAAGAAGUUGAUCUUAGAGGGAAAUUUGCUAAAGAAAGAGAGUCUAGCAUUAUUAAAAAGAAUGGUGAAGCAUCUUCAAAUAUCUUAGGUAAGCAACACAAUCAAGUUCAAGAGUUAGCUAUACAAGUGACUAGAGAUGAACAUAGAACUUACAUUUCCGAGAGGCAAUCAAACAUGGAGUUUAUAGAUCAGAAAGAAUAUAAGUCAAGCCUUCAGUUGUCAACUUUAGAAUCCGGAGGGAAAUCUUCUCAAACAAGCGCAAAACUUGCAGAAGGUACCACUUCAAUGCAUGGAAAGGAUCCACUGGUGGCAUGUGGAAAUGAUGCCACCAAUUUUAAUGGCAAUAACACUAACACGCAAGUAUCUCAGGUACACUCAUCUUCUCAAUUGUCAAGUUCUUCGAAAUUCGAAUCACUAAGUGGUUCUAGUGGGCCAAUGGAACAAUCCUCAGCUAGACCAUACCAAAUACAGCGAGAACCAUGUGGUGAGGUCAAAAGGGACGGGGUUGAUGCGAAACUUUUAGAAGAAGUUGUUUCUCUAAAACAUGGACUUGGUGAGUUUGUUGAGAAAGUAAGGUGUGAAGUUACCAGUCCUGAAAUUCAAGGGGUGAAAAGAUUUUCACGUGAAACAAAGUUGAUACAUGAGGGUGAGCAGAAUGAACAACGAGAACCUCAAUUACAUGAAAAUGAUUCUGAAUGUUCUUCUUUGGCAAAUCAACCAUCAUCAUCUAUUCAAGAAACAUCAAAAACCGAAAUCAAGAGAUCUGGACACUCCCUAUGGCAUAUUAUUGGAGAUAUAGUUAGACUCCGGUGGAUUUCGCAUUCUGGUUUUGGAAGAAGGAGUUCAUCACAUCAAUCUACUACAAGUAGUGAAACCUGGAUUGCUGGUCAUGUACCUGAGGGCAACAAUGGUUUGAAGCCGGAAAACAUAUUGCAACAAAAAUCUUCCUCUGAUCACCUUAAACGAAAAGAUAUUCAAGUUCAGAGAGAAGUAUCAAACUCAUCGCAAAGCAACUCUGUUGUAUCGAACGAAGAAAUGUUGGAAAAGACUGUUGAAGGCAGAGAGAUAAUUGUUUCUUCACCAGCUUCUUCAAGUGGAAUAUCAUUUCCUGAUGAGGUGGUCAAAGAUGGGGGGGAAAUGAGGCAAAGGAGAUUUCAGAGGGCCAAUCAAGUUGUGAAAGACAGGUUUGAUGAAUGGGAAGAAGCUUACAGGUUAGAAUAUGAGCAGAGGAAAGUUGAUGAAAUGUUUAUGAGGGAAGCAUUAGUGGAAGCCAAAAAAGCUGCCGCCAGCUGGGAGGUCCCUGUUGGGGCUGUACUCGUGAAGGGCGGAAAGAUAGUUUCUCGUGGAAGCAACCUUGUAGAAGAGUUGCGUGAUUCCACUGCGCAUGCAGAAAUGAUUUGCAUUAGAGAGGCUUCAAAUAUCCUUCGGUCUUGGAGACUUUCGGAUACAACACUCUAUGUUACCCUUGAACCAUGCCCAAUGUGUGCGGGAGCGAUACUCCAAGCUAGGAUUGAUACCGUUGUUUGGGGAUCUCCAAAUAAGCUUCUUGGUGCGGAUGGAAGCUGGAUUAGGCUUUUCCCGGAUGGAGAUGGCCAGCGGUCAACAGAUAAACCACCUGCUCCGGUUCAUCCCUUCCACCCAAAAAUGAAUGUUAGGCGAGGUGUAUUGGCCAAUGAAUGUGCAGAAUCAAUGCAGCAGUUCUUUCAACGCCGUAGAAAAAAGGAAAACAAGUCGGAGCCUCCUCCUCCUCCUCCAUCACGCAUUCCUCUAUUGAGCCAUCCUAACAAGUUUAUAGCUAAGAUGCACGAUACCUUUCAUCUUAUGUUCUGUUUGUAAUCACCAUAAUAACUACAUGUUUUAAAUUUCUAAGAGGUAGUUGAUUUUAUUAGUUCCGCCUAGCUCCAUCGAGUGGCAGAUCCAUAGAUUUUGUUAAAUAUACAAAUCUGGUAAAGGAUUAUUGUAUUGAUUACUUGGAUUAUGAGGAAUUCUCAGUAAUCCGAUAGUAACAGUAUAGUGAAC